UAGCAAAGUGCAUGAAGUGAAGGGAUAGCAGUGUUUCACGUCAGAAAGAAAACAUGCAGAGCAUGAGCUCUCCGGGAGGCCGUGCCCUCUCUGAGGACCAGUUCAGCUGCUCCAUCUGUCUGGAGGUGUUCGUGGAGCCCGUCUCCACGCCCUGCGGCCACAGCUUCUGCAAGGCCUGCCUGCAGGGCUACUGGAACCACAGCAAGAAGUUCACCUGCCCCAUGUGCAAGAAGAGCUACUCCAAAAGGCCCGAGAUGAGCGUCAACAGGGUCCUGGCUGAAAUCUCCACCCAGUUCCAGGGGCUGUUGCUGGCAGGUGGAGCUGGGGGAUCCGGUGGAGCCUCGCGGGGGUCCACGCUGAAUCUUAGCUCGGACGAGAGACGGGGCCCCCAAGGGUCCGACAACGGGGAGUUCGCCCGGGCUGGGGAGGUUCCCUGCGAUGCCUGCAUCGGAAGGAAGGUGAAGGCCCUCAAGUCUUGUGUGAACUGUCCUGGAUCGUUCUGUGAGGUCCACCUCCGACACCAUAGAAAGGUGAAGUCCCUGAUAUCUCACCGUCUGAUCGAACCCACUUUCCACCUGGAGGGGAAGAUCUGUAAGAAACACGAGCGUCUUCUGGAGGUCUACUGCCGCACGGACCACGCGGUCAUCUGCACGGCCUGCGCCGAGGCCACGCACAAGUCCCACGACAUCGUCUCCGUCGACCACGAGUGGAAGAAGAAGAUGAGUAAUCUGGGUAAGAAGAAGUCGGAGGUCAAACACUUGAUCAAGGAGAGAGCCAAGAAACUGGAGGAGAUCAAACAAUCCAUCAAGGUCAUCAAGGCCAGCUCUCAGAGGGAGUUGGAGGAGAGCUGGCAGGUGUACGCCGAGCUGCAGCGCCUGGUGGAGCAGAGCCAGGCGGAGCUGGUGGAGCUGAUCGCCACGAGGCAGCGAGAGGCCGAGCGCCACGCUCAGGAGCUGGCCCGAGGUCUGGAGAACGAGCUCAGCCAGCUGAGGAGGCGGAGCAACGAGCUGGAGGCCUACGCGCAGACGCAGGACAAAGUGGUCUUCCUGCAGAACGUGGCGACGCUGUCUCCCUCACCCGAGCCCACUGAUUGGUCGGCGGUCAGCAUCAACACUGACCUCUACCUGGGCACCAUCCGCUCCUCCGUCAGCAACCUUGUGGACAAGCUCCAGGAAGAGCUCAAGAGACUUUACGGGAAAGAGCUCCGGAAGGUCCAGAACUAUUCAAGUGAGGUGAUCUUGGACCCCGCCACGGCCCAGAGGAACCUGGUUGUGUCCGACGACGGCCGCCAGGUGAGAUACGAAGAGCGCAAGAGCAUCCACUCCGAGGGUCCCAAGCGCUUCAGCCCCGCCCUCUUCGUCAUGGGCCGCGAGGGCCUCAGCUCGGGGCGACACUACUGGGAGGUGGACUUGGGGCGAAAGACGGCCUGGACGCUGGGCAUGGCCAGCUCCUCGGCCCGCCGCAAGGGUGAGAUCAAGCUGAGUCCCGAGGGCGGAUACUGGUGCCUGUGGCUGAAGAACGCCGAGGUGAAGGCAUUGGCGUCGUCCCGCCUGUCUCUGCCGCUGGCGUCCCAACCCACCAAAGUUGGGGUCUUCCUGGAUUAUGAAGGAGGCCAGAUUUCUUUCUACGAUGUGAAGACUCGUCUGCACCUCUACACCUUCGUGGAUACCUUCAAUGAGAGUCUGUACCCGAUCUUCAGCCCCUGCCUCCACCAGGACGGGAAGAACUCUUCGCCACUCAUUGUAUCUCCUGUUAAACACACCUGAGACUGUCAGCCAAUCAGAAGCCUGGACAGGCAGUCAGCACACGUUCAACUUUUAUAACAAGAUUUGGUGCAAAGCGCAGAUAUUUUUGAACAGCUAAUUUAGUCCUUUAUUUGGUCUUCAAAUAUGUGUAUUUUCUUCUCAAUUUGCCAACUUUGUUUUGCAAAGCACUUUAUCUCAAACAACUUUCAAUUUAAUGAAAUGAAAACAAACCAUGUCGUUUUGCAUAACGAUACCAACCACUGAAACACAUACUCAUCGUACUUUAUGAAGGUUAUUGCAUUUGCUCAAGUAAAGCCGGGUUCAAUACAGAUCCUUUAAAGACAAUACAAGAGAAGCAGUGUGUGUUUGGAUCAGAGGAAAACUAAAUGUGCUUUAACAUGAAUGAAUCACAUAUUACAGAGAAAUAUUGACAAUUUGGUUACUCGAAAAGAAAGCAAAUAGUUCAGUCAUGCUGUACUCUCUUAUCUGAAAUUGUAUAUAAAAUAAACUGAUAUCUCUAAAUCUGACCUUUACUUUUCACAGUUCUGGUUCAGCUGGACGUGUUAAGGAGAGUUUGAGUACUUAUGGCACUUUCCUUAUUGUGUAAGUCUAUUUUAUAAGGCUUGUGAGACUUUACAGAUUAAAGAAAUGAAGUUAAAUAGAUGUAAAUUUACUGUCUGGAGGUUUAGGCCGUCCUGGGGGACCAAAUGAGAGAUUUUUGUACAAACUGUAGGGCUCUGAUAUUGUUUUUAAUGGGCUUUUUUUUUUUACUUCGUGAUCCGGGAUUGUUACAAAGUCCAUGAAAGUAUAAUCUGUAUUUAUAUAUGAAAUGUCUUCUUUUGUAAUUGCAAUCUGAACUUGCUCAUUAAAGAUGAUUAAU